CCCAUUCGACGACGCUCCCUGAUGAUCACAAGGAAAUAUGUCCUUCUGUUUGUGGUGGGCUCCUGUUUGCUGUGGGACUGCAGCUUCCAAACGUCGCCUCAGACGUCACUCCAGAGCAGAGCGGACGGCGAGCAGGUGACGUCGUCCAGGGGAGCGGCGGGAAGCCGCGGCAUGAGGAGGUCCGCCAGCGGCGCCGCGUCUUCAGAGAGCACGGCGAGGCGCAGGAGACAUGGCAGGUCAAGAGUUCAGCGGAUCAAGAGAGGCUGGGUGUGGAACCAGUUCUUCGUCCUGGAGGAGUAUAUGGGCUCUGAACCGCAGUACGUCGGCAAGCUCCACACGGACAUGGACCACGGAGACAGCGAGGUGAAGUACACUCUGUCCGGAGAGGGAGCCGGGUCCAUCUUCACCAUCGAUCAGAUCACGGGAGAUAUUCACGCGCUGGUGGGGCUGGACAGGGAGGAGAAGUCGUUCUACACCCUGAAGGCCCAGGCUGUGGACAUCCACACCGGCGUCCCGCUGGAGCCGGAGUCCGAGUUCAUCAUCAAGGUGCAGGACAUCAACGACAACGAGCCGCGCUUCCCGGACGGACCGUACAGCGCCAGCGUCCCAGAGAUGUCCCCGACAGGAACGUACGUAACCCAGGUGACGGCCACCGACGCAGACGACCCCACCUACGGCAACAGCGCCCGCAUCGUCUACAGCAUCUUGCAGGGCCAGCCCUACUUCUCCGUGGACCCCAAGACCGGUGUCAUCAGGACAGCUCUGGCUAACAUGGACCGAGAGGUGAAGGAGGAGUACCAGGUUCUUCUCCAGGCCAAGGACAUGGGAGGGCAGCUGGGGGGGCUGGCCUCCACAACCACCAUCAACAUCACCCUGAGUGACGUCAACGACAAUCCGCCGCGCUUCGCCAAGAGUAUUUUCUAUCUCCGGGUCCCCGAGUCGGCGUCGGUGGGUUCAGCGGUGGGUCGGAUCAGGGCCCACGACCUGGACGCCGGCAGCAACGCCUGGGUGGACUACGCCAUCGUUCCAGGAGACGAGGGCAACAUGUUCGACAUCAUUUCUCACGACCAGAGCCAAGAGGGGGUGGUUCUCCUGAAAAAGACUCUGGACUACGAGACCAAGAAGUCCUACACGUUCAAGGUGGAGGCGUCCAACGCACAGCUGGACCCGCGCUUCCUCCACCUGGGGCCCUUCAAGGACUCGGUGACGGUGAAAGUCAACGUCCUGGACGUGGACGAGCCGCCCGUCUUCACCAAGCCCUCCUACACCAUGGAGGUGUACGAGGACACGCCGCCCGGCAGCAUCAUCGGCUCGGUGACGGCUCACGACCUGGACGCCAGCAGCAGCGCCGUGAGGUAUUCCCUGGAGUGGCAGACGGAGUCCGACGGCUGCUUCGACAUCGACACCGUUGAGGGGAUCAUCUCCACUAACGAGUACCUGGACCGAGAGACGGCCGUUCAGCACAACAUCACCGUGAUCGCGACCAAACUCAAUAACCCUCUGCUCUCCAGCAAAGUGGCGGUGACCGUCAACGUCCUGGACGUCAACGAGUUUCCUCCCGAGCUGUCGGUCCCUUCAGACACCUUCGUCUGUGAAAACUCCCGAAUCGGACAGGUGAUCCAGACGGUCAGCGCCGUGGACAGAGACUUACCGCCCGUCGGCCAGAGGUUCUUCUUCAAAUCCCCCAAAGAGCUCCGCAACAGAAACUUCACUGUGCGAGAUUUUGGAAAUAACACAGCCGGCAUCGUGACCCGGCGGCUGGGCUUCCAGCGGCGCCUGCAGGACGUCUACGUCCUCCCGGUGGUGGUUGAAGACAGCGGGUAUCCGGCUCAGAGCAGCACCGCCACCCUGACCAUCCGGGUGUGUUCCUGUGAAACGGGAGGCUCGCUGCUCACCUGCUCGGCGGAGGCCAUCUUCCUGCCCGUGGGCCUCAGUACCGGAGCUCUGAUGGCCAUCCUGCUGUGCGUGGCUCUGCUGAUCGUGAUGUCAGCGUUAUAUAUGGGCCAGAGGCGCCACAAAGAGAAAGACACUCUGAUGACGUCGAAGGAGGACAUCCGCGAUAACGUCAUUCACUACGACGACGAGGGCGGCGGCGAGGCCGACACGCACGCCUUCGACAUGGGCACGCUGCGCAACACGCACCCGCGGCGCAGCAGCUCCCACGGCGGCGGCGGCGGCAGCGCUGCCGCCAAGAAAGAGAAGAACGGCUACGGCGAAGGCGUCCUGCCGCACCUCAGCAGCCGCUGCGACAAGGCGCGGUCGCCCGACAUCCACGUGCAGACGGCCAGGAUCAUCACCGCCCUCAGCAGCAAGGCCCCGGCCCCCUCCGCCGCCGGCAGGGUGACCGAGGGCGACGCCGAGAAGAUCAGGGAGUUCAUCGAGCACCGGCUGGAGGAGAGCCAGCAGGGCUACGCCGCGCCGCCCUACGACUCGCUGGCCACCUACGCCUACGAGGGCGACGGCUCCGUGGCCGGCUCGCUCAGCUCCAUCGAGGAGUCGUUCGUCAUCGACGACUCCGGGGAGUUCAGCUCGCUGGGGGACUGGGGGCAGCCGUUCAAAACCCUGGCCAGCAUCCUGGAGAGACGGCCGCCCUCUCUAUCGGAGGACAGCUGAGAAAACCGAGAGACUUUAGCUUACCGCGCCGGGGAUUAGCUUACUUUUCUAGACAUGUUUUUGUACUGUGGCAGGCACCGGUUAGAGCGGCGUGAGGACUUCUAGAGCGAUGGGUAGCUAGAGAGCAGGACGUCCCGUGACAGAAGGAUGAAGAGUAAACCUGAUAGCUCCUCAAAGUGCCUGAGGUACUAUAUGUUUACAUGUACUUUAAUUUGUGUUACUAAAUAAAA